AUAUCCGCCUCUGAAUCUGGCUGCCAUUGGGUGUUUCAUGCGCCUUGACACAAAUGUACAAUGCUUACUGGACUGCAUGUAGUAUUGUUCACGCCCAACAUUCCAUAUCACUUCGAGGUGAAACUUUAACAGAACGUACUUAAGAAAAGAAUCUCCUACAAGAGAUUUCUAUUGGCUCAAAACUAAACUAUUGGCAUUUCUAUUGGAGAACUAAGUUUUCCUUCUCUCCUUCGCCGUACCGCCGUCAAGUUCGGUUGCGUGGUUUGCAAGUUGAUGUCAGUCUAGAAGAAGCCCGAGAAACUCCUCACGUCUCAGAACUAUGACUGGUGAGCAACAACAAGAUGAAAUGGCCGCGCUGGUGGAAAGUGACGGAGGCUUCCUUCAAAAGCGAAACAGAAAUACCGAACAGGACUCCCAGCAGCCAUCUCCCCUCGCUCUGUUAGCAGCUACCUGCAGUCGCAUGGAUGAGAAUGAUGCCACAUCUGAUCAGCAAAACCAGCAGCAAAGUCAGCAGCUAGACCUCAGCCACUCUCAGAUCACACACACUGCCAACGGCUGGCAAGUCAUCUCAGCCGGUGCUACGUCCACUGCCAAUCCCAACACCAGCACCUCUCUGGUCAUGGCUGAGGAUCAGAAGCACAGGCUGGUGGUGUCCUCGGCAGCAGGGGUACAUCACCAGCCCCAGCAGCAGUAUGUAAUGGCCAACAAUAUGCAGGGCCAACAAGUGCUUACAACCCUCUCUGGUGUGAUGCCCAAUAUCCAGUACCAGGUCAUACCCCAAUUCCAGACUGUGGAUGGGCAGCAGCUGCAGCUUGCCCAAACCCAGCAGGACUCUUCAUUACUGGGGGGUGGCCAGUUUCAGCUUGUGUCCUCCCCCAAUGGUGGUCAGCAGCUCAUUGCAGCCACCAACAGGUCUGGGGCUGCAGGUAACAUCCUGACUGUUCCGGGCCUAAUUCAGCAAGGCAUAUCCCUCCAGAACCUGGGCCUGGGCAAUGCCAUGCUGCCCAACCAGACACAGUUCCUGGCGAAUAUGCCGGUGUCGCUCAAUGGCAAUAUUACCCUCCUGCCAGUGAGCACUGGAGUGCCCACUACAGAUGCAGGGAACAACCAGCAGCUGAUGCAGCAGCAGCCCACAGCAGUGUCCUCAAAUUACUAUACCAGCGCCAUCACCACCGCCUCCAGCCAGCCUGUCACCUCAUAUGGGAUAUCAACGCAGGCUCAGAGCACCAACACAGUAGUCACCGGAACCUUCCAGAAUGCAACAGGGGGUAUACCCAUCCAGCCUGAUAACAGAGAUGGGCAGCAGCAGCAGCAACAACAACAGCAACAGAUCCUCAUCCAACCACAGCAGAUCCUUCAGGGCGCCCAGACGCUCCAAUCCAUCCAGCAAGGCACGGUGACUACAGCAGGGGGCCAGGUGUUUGCCACACCGACCAUCUCUCAGGACGCCCUCCAAAACCUGCAGAUCCAGACCAUCCCCAACAGCGGGCCCAUCCUGCUGCGCACGGUAGGGGCCAACGGCCAGGUCAGCUGGCAGACCAUUCAGCUCCAGAACCCAGGAGGGGCUCAGAUCACGCUGGCUCCCAUGCAGUCCAUCCCACAGCUCGCACAGACACAGACUGGAGGCACGGUGCAGCUCCAGGGCCUGCAGACCAUCAACCUGAACCCGCUGGGCAACGCCGGGCUGCAGAUGCACCAUCUGCAAGGGGUGCCUAUUGCCAUCGCCAACCCAGCAGGAGACCAGAGCAUGCAAAAUGCAACUGGCAACGACAGCAUGGAUGACGCAGCACUGGAAGAGGGCAUGGAAACCAGCCCGACCCCCAACAGACGAACGCGCCGAGAAGCCUGCACCUGCCCCUACUGCAAGGAUGGGGAGGGACGUAGAGACCCCACCAAGAAGAAGCAGCACAUCUGCCACAUCCCCGGCUGCAACAAGGUUUACGGCAAGACGUCCCACCUGCGCGCCCACCUGCGCUGGCACACAGGAGAGAGGCCGUUUGUCUGCUCCUGGUCCUUCUGUGGCAAGCGCUUUACCCGUUCGGAUGAGCUUCAGCGACACAAGCGCACCCACACCGGCGAGAAGAAGUUCUCCUGUCCAGAAUGUCCCAAGCGCUUCAUGCGCAGCGACCACCUAUCCAAGCACAUCAAGACCCACUUGAACAAGAAGGGCACGGCAGUGGCAGGCCAGCCCACUUCCGAAUCUGCUUCCCCCGCCCCCAUGGCCUCAGACAACAGCGCGCAACCUGAGGCGCCCACACUUAUCACCAUGGAGACUCUGUCGCCUGAGGGCAUCGCCAGGCUAGCCAGCAGCGGCAUUAACGUCAUGCAGGUGACGGAUAUCCAUUCACUGAACAUGAACAGCAAUGGCUACUGAGGGAGCGCAGGGGGCCGGGGCAGUGGACUGAAUGGAGAAGCAAGAGGGACGUGUGGGAAUUUAGAGCUCAGAAGGGAGGAUGGAGGAAUGGAUGGGUGUGUGAGUGGGGGGAGGGGGAUUAAGGUCAGGGACGAUGUUUCGGAGUAGUAAUAGGCACGGGUGUUUUGCAAGAACCAUGCAAUGAAACGGAAAAGGUCAGGAAGGGACAAACUAACCGAAGUGGUUAGGUUUGGCAAGAGACUGCAACACAAGUGGGCUUGCGUCAUAAGGGAAAAUGUUCCGCUGUAGCACAAAGUUCUGACUCGCUAGAACUCCAAACACUUUGUAACUGAUGUUUGUGGGAGGUGUGGUGCCUUUAAAACACACACACCCACUACGCCAGCCUGUGGAGUUGGCAGCGCCCUCCCUUUCCUCUCAGGUUACACCUGCCGGCUCUGUCUGGGCGUGUCCCGCCUGGACCCGGCAGCCAGCCCCAAGUCCAGCGCGUCUCUUGAACCUCCCCCCAACACUGCAGCACUGCUAAGGCUUGUUUCUGAGCAGUCCAGUUUGACCACUCGCACUGGAAGGCCAGUUUAUGCACCAUACAGAAGGAGAAUUAGGUCACUAGUGACUUCAGAAACCCCCUCCCAGGAGCACUAAUCUACGCAGGGUGGAAGGACACUAAAAUCCUUGUGGUGGUCAUAUGUAUGUUUUCUUUCUUUUUUUUUUUUUUUUUUACAUGAAUGAUAGGUACACUCACAAGCCAUCAUGCUUUGAUAACUUAUCAUAGCAAAAACAAACUUUUUUUUUAGUGUUUUUGUACAUAAAUUAUAUUUUUUCUAAACUCUGAAAACUACAAAUUACCAUAGGAAGGAUCAGCUUGUAUGAUCACCUGAAAUUGCCUUUUGUUGUGUGUUGUCUGUCUCAUACAAUCAGAUCUUAACCUUAAUUAUUAUCAUUUUUAUAUAAAUGUAGUUUUUUCUUUCUGAGAGUACAUUUGUAAGUUAAACUCAGAGUGUUCUAAAUAGAACUAUGUAUUGCAUUCAGUACAGUCCAGAUCUGCCUAACUUUACUUUGUUAUAAUUGAGAACCUCCUAAUGUGUUCCCUUUUCUGUGGUAAAAUGUGUUCUUAUCGGAGUGUUUUCCUAACAUUUCUCUUUACUCAAAUCACAAGAAUCAAAAGAACAUUUGUUUUUUAAACAAAGUCUGUUUCAGAUUUAAUCCAAACCAAAGGUCCGCUUUCUAUCAGGUGGUAAAUUGAUUCUCAGGGGCAGGAAUUUGAACAUCAGGACUUUGCUUAAUUUUCAAAGAAAACCACGGCAGUGUCUGUUGUCCAGAGUUUUGUUGAACCCAAAAUCAGCCUGGCCUCAAGUGUGGCUUCCUGCUUUAAGUCAGUCAUCUUUGGUUCGUAUAUCAAACAGCUGCUCCUUCGUGUUUCAGAUGCCCUCACCCAGAUAUAGAAUGCACUAUCAUGGAGUAGAACAAUAGUAACAAUUCGCUGAAACAUAAUUCUGUAUCUGUUCUGAAUGUGAGCAAUGUUACAUCAUCCAUGACUCUGCCCCCAUUUUAUAUUUUUUUGCUUUUACAUUUGUCUCACAGACAAGGAUGGGCCUUUUGCUCAGUCUAAAAUGCUGUCUUGCAUUGUGUGUACUAAAUCAACCUUUUCAACACCAGCAGUGAACAAAGACAUUUUCCUAUUGUGCUGAUUCGUCCCUAAAUCAGGGGGUAAGGAGGAUGCAGCGUGGGAGUUUCUAAGCAUCACAUCAGUAGUUAUGCAGUCAGUCAGGGCUUGGGAAAUGUUUCAAGGGCUACUAAGGUUCACUGUAAGGAGAGGUAUUUUUCUGUUGUCCAUCUUCCCUCUUCAUUUAUUAGUACUUUUAUUGGGUUGGUCUGUUUGGAGCUGGAAUACACUAUUCUUGGAUAGUUUGUAAACAGUACAAUCUGUGUUUUUGCAACAAGGGCAGGAUUUGUUUUUUCCCCUCAUUUGUAUUUUCCCUCCCCCCCCCCCCAAAGGACAACCACGUGUAUGAACCUUUUUUAUGCAAGGGAUUUGGUUUUGUACCUUGUGAAUAUUACUGCUACAAAUGCCAAUGUCUGGAUUAAAAUAAUGAAUUCCAAGGG